AGGAGCGUGUUCCCUGGAUGACGCUGGAUGACGAACACAGCGUGUGGAGUGUGGGUGUAUAAAAGACCAAAAUGUGUUGAGCUCAGCGCACACAUGGGCAGACCAGCAAGAGUCUGAUACCCAUGUCUGACAUCCAACGCUGAACAAAGAUGAACACAAAGGAGAAGUUCCACCUUCCCGUUGAUGGCGUCUUGGAAAUGUUCAGCACCUUCGCCGGGCACCAGAGCCCCGCCCUCACACCCGUCCUGCGUCAACAGCACCCGAAGGUGUUGUCGAAGAGCGGCGUGGGUCUCCUGGGGACGGUCAAAGGGCGAUGGACGCAGCGGGACAGGAGAGCCUUGGAGAGCGUCUCCAGCGAGCCGCUCCCCCGCGGGUGUGCGGAGGUGGUCAAGCCCAGGAACCGUCACAGAAUUGUGGUGCUGGGCGCUCCCCGGGUGGGCAAGACCAACGUGGUGAGGCGUUUCCUGGGGGAAGACUUCCGGGAGCAAUAUGAACCCACGGCAGAGGACUUCCACAGGAAGUUGUUCCACGUGGGAGGGGAAACCUACCAGGUGGACAUUCUGGACGCCUCCAUAGAGAGAAACUUCCCGGCAAAACGGAGGCUCUCCAUCCUGACAGGUGACGUCUUCCUGCUGGUCUUCAGUCUGGACGACAGAGAGUCCUUGACCGAAGUCUGUGAGCUCCUCGGCGAGAUCCGAGCCGCCCAGACCAAGCUGCUCAAGUUCAAACGCCCGGCCAGGUUGCCGGCGCUGGUCUGCGGCAAUAAAUCCGACCUCCACGCUCAAAGAGCGGUCAGCAGGUCGGAGGUCACAAAGGCCCUGGCUCGCGACGUGGCCUUUGUGGAGACCUCGUCCAAGCACGGCACCGGGCUGGAGGCGGCGUUCAGGGAGCUGGCGGCCAUGGGCGGCCUGCCGGGCGAGACCGAGCCGUCCAAGCAUCAGCUGAUCUCCAUGGUGGCCUACCGCUCCUUGUGCGAGGGCCAGCGGGGCGGCGGGCGCGGUCGCACGCCCUGCGCCGCCGUGGACCCGUUGGUGCGCCGGCCCAGCUUCGGCAGCGACCUGCGACUGGUGCUUGGAUCAAGCGGCAAGGCCGACAAACCCGAGAGGUGUCAGAUUCAAUGA